AACAGGAAACGAUAGCCCGCUGCCCGCCUAGGGAAAAAUUUUCAAAUCGAAGAAGAGAGGAAGAGAAGGGGAAAAGCAAAUUCAGAGAACAAGAGUGAAGAGAAGAGUAGUGGGAUAAAUAGAGAUGCCAAGAACAGAAUUUAAAGCGAAAUCAGGGAGGAAGGCACUGAGGGAUCUGUCGAACAAUGGAGGAGGAAGUGGAAGAUUGUCGAAAUCCGUGAAUGCGCAGAAGAAAGCCUCGGCGAAGGAUAUGGAAGAUCGACGCGUCUCUCAAGAAACGCAGGACGACGACGGUCCUCUCGAUCGGCUCAUGCUCGUCCACUCCGAUCUGUCAUCUCUUCUACGUCAGAUUGAUGAACUUGUCGUUCAAGCAUUUAAACUCAAGGGUACAAGCAAAGAGAGAAGAAAAGAAAUAGAAUCUUUCUCAAAUGUCAUGUCUGAUAUGCUUUCCUCUUUAAAGCCAUGGGUACCCAGAUUUCGGAAGCUAUUCUCUAGUCCUUCUAUGGAGAAUGCAACUCAGUUGGGACAGUCUUUGGUCAAACUAAUGUCUCCUGUGAAAGAAGUUGAAAGCAAGAAAGUUCACAGUCCAGAACCGUCCACCUUGGACUCAUUAAUAUCCCCUUCUCCCCUUGUGUCCUGGCGCAAUGACUGUCAUAUUGAAAGAGGGAGACAAAUUUUUCAGCUCACACCUCUUCCUAUAUCAAAAGCUUUAUCAUCCAAGCAUCUAGACUCUUCUAAAUUGAAGUAUGGAAAGAAUAAUUGUUAUCCUGUUGUUGAACUGCCAUCUUUUCUAAAUAUUCCUGAAGAUGCAAAUGAUGAUCUGCUUGAAGGAAUGGCAGUGAAGACAAGUCCUGAAAAGCAUCAUCCUGUUGCAACUGAAAAGAAAAGUUCUUUACUAUCUGUUUCUGUUUCAACGCCAAUGUUCUCAAAGAAGAACCAUCCUCUACUUGUUAUGACUCCUUGUUUGAAAAUGUCCCCUCCAAGAUCUUGUCUAUUGCUGGAACCCAAGAUUGAUUCUUCUUAUCAUGGCAAUCAGAGGACUAGUAAAUGCACACCCUUCAAUUUUGUAAAUCAUUCAGAGAUCCCAGAGUCCUCCAGCAGUGAAGGUUCAAAGGACCUGGCAUUGAAGUAUCCAGAGCUCCUGGGGAUAAAAGAGACCUACAGAUCAAGAAUGGUGAAGAAAGAGGUAGAAGCAUCGCCAAAUUGGUUGUUCUCCCCUCCCAAGAGUUGUGUUUUAUUAGAGCCACUUGACGAGAAAUCACUGGACAAUGUUGCCAUAAGUAGCCGCUUGCCAAUUGAUUCUUGUGUCUCCAAUCAUCUAAGAACCUUGUCUAUAUCAACCGAAAAUGUCCAAGGUGGUGCUCCUCAAACUAACAAAUCAUUUAAUCAAGCAGGAACUAUUGGUGGAGCCACAGCACUAAUAGAAAGUACUCCCACAUGCAAAGAACCUGAAAGCACGUUCAGGACCGGAAAACGUCCAGGUGAGAAUACAUUAAAGAAAGAGCUUUGGACGAAGUUCGAAGCUGCAUCCACUUAUGGGCUUCGGUUCAAUGCCACCACAUGCCCUGAGACCGCUACGAAAGGAUUUCUUGACAGGUUGGAUGAGGUUUCUUGUGAUGAGGAAAGUACAAUGCCAGAUGGUUUGAGAUAACAGACAUCCUCGUCUGAAACUGAAAGUUGUUGAUAUGGAAAUGGUGUACUUUGUAAUUUCUGGAUGUUUAGGGCUGCUCAAGUGACCUUCUGUAUCUGUAAUGUUUCUGCACCUACAAAGAUAUACCCGUCCUCUGUUUGAGCUGCUUUUAUCAUCACAAACUUGCAUUAUAGAUGUAAUUUUGGUCAUGUAUGACGCUGCAAUGUCUUAAUGGCAAAAGUUUAUAUUAUUCUU